UGUAUUUCAAGUCUGAAAAUUGAAAAUCAACGAUUAAAGAAAUUAGUCGAUAAUAAUGACAUGAAAACAGUUAUUAAAUUAGCCAAACAAUCACUGGAUAAUUAUAAAGUUGAACAAUGUUUGCUAAUGAGAACCAGUGAAAUGGAAAUAUGUAUUGAAAUUUGCAAUAAUAUUAUCAGUGAUCCACUAAACAAUUCAUAUGAGAUUAUAUCGGAUAAAAUUUACCAAAAAAUUAACACUAGAUUUGAUGGUAACGACAACUGGCAUUGUAUGACAUUUGCCGAAACGGGAGGCGAAUCACUGGUCAAUGCAUACAAAUAUAUUCGUAUUUUGUUUGACAAACUAGUCAUUGAAAUAUUUACGUCUAGACAUAAUAACAAAAAUACCGUUCCUAAUAUUCUAUAUCAUUACACUGACACGAGUGGUGCUCAGGGCAUCGGUCAAAACGGCCGUAUACUUAAAGGUUCCCGAAUCGGUGCCUUUGAUGCCGGCGUUUAUUUAACGAGUUUGGAUCCACGAAUCCAUACCAUUAAUGAAAUUCUUGAAAAUAAUUAUGGCUGGAAUAAGGAGGUCAGGGAUGAUAAUAAGGCAGACUAUUAUGCUAUAAUAUAUACUAACAAAUUGAAUGCAAAUAAACUGAUCAAAGUUGAGACACCGCAACAUCAAGAUAUCUAUCGCUACAACGAUACUAUCAAUAUAUCUGAUAGAUUUAUAAUGGAAAAUGUUUUGACUAUGAAGUCAGUGGUCCAAUUGGCCAGAAGAAAAUUGGAUGACUAUAUUGUGCACCAAAUUUUAAAUAUGAAUCAACCGACUAAAUCCAGAUGCAUAGCAUUAGCUAAGAUAGCCAUCCGAGACAAUGACACGUAUGAGGAGAUUUCCAGUGAAAUUUUCUAUAAGUUAAAUACAAAAAAUGAGUCAAAGCGCUGGCAUUGUAUAACAUUUGCCAGAAGUGGCGGCGAAUCACUGGUUAAGUCCGAGAGUUUCAUCCGAUUGCUGUUUUCCCGACUCGUCGUCGAAAUAUUCUGUGCCGGAUAUGUCUGAUGUAAUCGUUUGUCUCAUUAUAUCCCU